AUGGCAGAAUCUCUAAAUUGCUUGAAUGACCCCAAUGAUGAUUCUCAACAUCUAGGUCUUAAGAUGAACAUGGACAAGACUAAAAUCAUGUCUAACAUUCAUGUCACACCUAUACCCAUCACCAUUGAGGACACUACGUUAGAAAUUGUCGACGAGUUUCAGCUGCAAAACUGGAGGAAAGCGGAUGUGGAUGAGAGCGAGGGAACUGCGGCGCAGUGUAAUCCGUACAUAUCUUGGUACAUUGCUCAACGCGACACAGCGGGACUUAGCGAAAAGCCUCGACGCGCAGAUGCUUAUCUCAAUAACAGUUUUAUUUAUUUUUGCGAGCGACUGAUCCACUCCCAACGGAGAUUUCUAAUGAAAAUGGAGAAAAGCAAGUUCGGUAGCGAACGGUUCCAUUGCCGUCACCGCAGAUUGGGGGCGUUGGGACCUAUCGGUGGCUGA